GGCAGGGUUUCCCUCAGUUAGCGACCGGACGUGAGACGUGAUAGUUGUUAGGAGAGGAGGAGUCGGGGGUCAGUGAGCGCGCCACGAGAAUCGUUUCUCUUCGGAGUCUUGGGGCGGACUUGUUGACGUCUCCGAUUCCUCUCCCGGCUCUGGACGCCAGCCGGGGCUCAGACCUCACUUCUGCGCCAGCCUGCGAAGGGGCGGCGGGCAGGAUGGAGUUCAAGCUGGAGGCGCACCGCAUCGUCAGCAUCUCGCUGGGCAAGAUCUACAACUCACGGGUCCAGCGCGGCGGCAUCAAGCUGCACAAGAACCUGCUGGUCUCUCUGGUGCUGCGCAGCGCCCGCCAGGUCUACCUGAGUGACCCAUGCCCUGGCCUCUAUCUGGCCAGUCCCUCGGGACCCCCGGCGGCACUGCCACAGCUGCCCGGGGAGCCCGUGGCCGGGCCCCCAGUGGGCUGGUGCGGCUGCCUCCCAGGAGGGGAGGACAAGCCGGGGGCGCUGGGCGCCUCCCCCCGCGGUGGCGGCUGCUGCGCCAAGGACGAGCGCCCCGCGCCGCUUUCCGUGUGCCCCAGGAAGCGAGGCGCAGCCGGGGUGAGUGGCGGCCCCGCAGGCUGCGCGGCGCCGGACACGACCCCGCUGAAGAAGCCCCGCCGGGACUUGGAGGAGCUGCCCGGCGGCGUGGCGGCGGCGGCGGCGGCGGCGGAGGAGGAGGAGGAGGAGAUGGAGACCGGGAACGUGGCGAACCUCAUUAGUAUCUUCGGUUCCAGCUUCUCGGGACUCUUACGGAAAAGCCCCGGAGGCGGCCGGGAGGAAGCCGAGGAAGAGGAGAGUGGUCCGGAAGCCGCCGAGCCCGGGCAGAUCUGCUGCGAUAAGCGGGUGCUGAGAGACAUGAACCCUUGGAGCACAGCCAUCGUGGCCUUCUGAGCCCUCGGUCCCCGUGCGGGCAGGAGGUUGAGCAGCUGGCGUACCGGCGUGAGGGCUGGGCCUUUCCCGGCUGCGAGGACGUCCCGGAGACCUUACGCGCUGAGCGCCUUGGGGAGACUGUGGGUGCUGCCGGGCAGUACGGACUGCCCUUGGCCUUGGCCGCGCUGCUGUGCCGGCCUUU